AUGACUACUACUUCAGCCGCUCAAGACGAAUUCAACGAGCUUAUGCGCGAUAAGGGCCGAGAGAGUAGACACCCCGAAGACAGACUCGACGACAGCGACCUCUCUGAUCCCGACUCCAUUGGUGCCGAAGACGACUACCUCGAGAAGAUUGACACCGACGACGAGCUCGAUAUACCACACGAUAUGAGGGCCAAUUACUAUAUGCCGUCUCUCCGCUCAGAGGCCAAUACUGGUCCCAAAGGUGUCAUUGCAGAUGCGCGGGCAUUCGAGCAGGCCAAGAAGCAGGCUCGCCGGUUCACAUGGAAGAAGAGCCCGGAACCUACACAGUACACUGUCAGGGCGUAUCAUGAUGACAAGGCAUUGUCAGACGAGGAAAACGAGGAAAGCUUCAUGACAGAAUGGCGCAAGAAUAGGCUACGCGAGCUCGAGACAGCUGGCAACCGGAUACGGUCACGCACGAAUAGCCCAAGCCGGAGGAUAUAUGGCAGUAUGCCCAUGGUCGACGCCGAAGAAUACCUCGACGUCAUCGAUCAUCCAGCACCAGCAACGAUGGUUGUCGUGUUCAUUUACCAACCCAACACCAAGGACAUUUUUACGAUGAAAUGCGAGGCAUGCAUGCACGAAGUCGCCCGGCGCAACGACACUGUACGCUUUGUUAAAUUGCACAACGACAUCGCCGAAAUCCAUCCAGUAGGAAUGCCUGCAGUUGUAGCAUACAAGGGCGGCAAGAUGUUUGCCGAAUUGGUGGCACUGGACAAGAAGCUACCCAAAGAUUCUCAACUGACCGCCGUCAGUCUGGAGACACUCUUCAGGCAGUGA